GGACAGAAAGGCAGCUACAGAGCUAGAGGAAGACGAUAGACAUAUAAUAGAUAAUGGAGGUGCAGUCGGAGUGUGUGGAGCCUCCUGUGGCCCCUCAGUGUGACCCUCAGUCCACAGGGAAGAUCAACAAAGCUGCCUUCAAACUCUUCGGAAAGCGGAGCACCGGCUCUGGAAUGGCCAGCUUCUUCUCCUUCAGGAACAAAGGGGCUACACACAGCGCAAACAACGGGAAUUCUGACAAUGGGAAUUCUUUGAAUGGGAACGGCUCGGCGGCAUCGGCAGAGCUCGUUAGGAGCAAAACCCACGAUGGACUAACGGGCUCUAACAACGACACUGAUGGACAGAGAGGGGAGGCGCUUGCUAGCCUGGAGGCGGGACCGGUGAGGUCUCUCAGCAAAUCGCUGACUUUCUUCUCUCUACUCCGACGUGGGAGUUUUAGGUCAAGUCAAAACGGAGGGGCAGGGCUUGUCAGAAGAGGGAGGGGCCUAAAGGGCUUUUUUAGCAGCAUGCGAUGGAGACGCAAGGAAAAAACUAACGAGAGAGAGGGGGAAGAGGUGGAAGGCAAGAAGGAGAAGCAUGGGGAUCUUGCUGACUCUGAAAAGGUAAAGGAUAUAACGCUCACCCUUGAACCGGCUCCUCAUCAUCACCAAGAGGAUUGUGGGAACGCAGAGACAGAGCCUAACCUAGAGACUCCCACUACUAGUGUUACCAUGACACCCCCACACUGUGUUGCCAUGCCAGGGCCAUCUGGUGAGCCAGACUCCCCCUUUCCUUACACACCAACUGACUCGCCUCUGCGCCCUCCCAUCCAAAAAACCAAAGCCUCAAUUUCCAGCCUCACCCCCUCCCUCACAACACCCCCUUUGGAUCGCUGCAGCACAGGGGACCCACCCUCAGAGCCUUCUGUGGACCGCCUCUGCUCUCUCCUCUUCACCGAUGUCACAUCCCUCAAGAGCUUUGAUUCACUGACAGGUUGUGGUGACAUUAUUGCUGACGCAGACGAGGAGGGGCCAGCGGGUAAUGGGGGUAGUGGCACCAGCAGUAGCAGCAGUGGGGGAGGAGGGGGGGGUGUGGGAGCGGGUGCUGGGAGAGCUGUUGGUGUCACAAGUGCCAUGUCUCGUGGCUCCCCAUCCAAAACCUCUCUACCUUCCCAGCUCAUCCAGCCCAUGUUCUCUGUUUCCCCAAGCUCAGUGCCUAUCUCCCUCCCAGCCCGGGCUCGGGCACCACCUCCACCACAGCAGCACCCAGCCGGUAGUGGUGUGGUGGCCUACAUGGGCGGAGGGGAAGAAAUGGCGAGUCCAGAAGGAGUGGAUGAUGCGGACAUGCAGGGGCUCUGGCACAUGCUGCCCUCGACAGGGGACAACUCCCCUGCUUUGCCCCGAUUACACCAACCUCCCUCUACCACUCCCACUUCCACUUAUCCUCCUCGAGCCACCUCCUGCCUUGCCAGCAGCCACCUGCCCUCAGCCUCCAGGAGUGAAGACCGAAAGGUAACACAGGUGAAGGCGUUGGGGCUCAGUAAGAUUCCAGUAGUUGGUGGAGCAGGAAGCCGGGCAGCUAAACCCCCCCUCCCUCACACACAUGGCCGUCAUCCCACAUCACCUGGUGAAAAAGAGCCACUUAGUGAUGAGGGCUACUGGGACACACCCUCCGCAACACCCACAGCAACACCUGACGAGAGCGGGCUGCAGCGUAACCAGAAGAUGGCCCUAUCACGUGACAGUUGCUCUGGAGACCACCUGUAUGACUUCUACCAUGACCCUGAAGAGGAAGGAGAGGAAGAGCAGGAGGGAGAUGAUGAUGUAAACAGUACUCCCUCUCCAUCAACGGAAUACAAACUGAGCCCCAACUCCCAAACAUCUCCUCCUUCCUCCUCCUCCUGUUCCUCCUUCCGGUCAAUGAAAGGCAGCACCAGCCUUCCUCGGGAAUCCAAGAUCCCAGUAAGCACCAGACAAACCCCACCUCCCCACUCUGUAAGCCAGUCAGCCCUCUCCUCUGUUCUAGAGGCCGAAUCCCCUCCGGCAAAGACCCAAGCGCCUCCCCCGGCUCGCACCAGAAUCCCUGUAUCCAAGGUGCCCGUCCGUCGUUCUGGAAACAAACCUGGCAGCAGAACCAGAGGAACUGCCCACAAGAAGUAGUUCCUAUCAGAUGGGGGUGGGGUUCUCUCCUACUAAUGUAUGGACUUGAGUCUACAUCACUUCAGGGCUGUUUAUGUAGAGCCAAAAGUUUCCCAGACCAAGAAAAAUGUUGAGCUGUAGAGUUAACAGCCUAUAAAUUCCUCUCCAAUCUUAAAAGCUCUCAUUCCUUAAGUGUUUUGGCUUACGACAGGCAAGAAUAGAAUAAGUGGUUUUGUUCACUUGAGAAAGUCACGAGGAGACUCCAAAAAGCUGGGUUAACACUUCACAGCCCUCACUGGAACUUUUGAUGUUGACUCUUGACAAUCCAUGGACUCGCAAUAGACACAUUUGCCUUGUAACUUCCUGGAAAAGCCCCAUACCUGCUGAGACUUUGACCGCUCAUGACUGCACACUGCAAAAAAACUAACAAAAAAACUAAAGAAAAGCAGAGCACCUUCUUAUCUUUUACAUUUUUCUUAUGGAAUUACCACAUGGCGUAACACGAUUUGCUUAUAAGGACCUAAUCUAAAGUUGUUUUUUUUCUGAGUUUGUCAUUUUGUCUAAUCUGUAACAAAUUACCUCCUAAUCCUUUGAUUUUAGAGCCAAAGUUAAAAUAAACUUCAUUUACAGCCUCUAAUUGUCUUGAAAAGACUCAACAGUAUCCACAGCCUGGAAUAACCCACCAGUUUUUGUUCGGCCAUUGUAUGUGUUUUUUGCUUUAUGAAGAUGGUCUUCUUCUGACCGUACACUGAUUAUUAAACUGCAAAUCUAGAGAUCUGAA